CCCGCCCCCUCCCGGUGUGCGGAGCCCGGUUGUCACUCAGCUCCCGCGCCGGGGGCGACGGAGGCGGCGGCGCCCGAGUCGAGUCCCAGCCAGCUACCGUCCCCCUGGACCUCCCAGGCUGGCCCCGGAUCGCCCAGGCAUCCCCGGAGCGAGCGGCUGCCGAAGGCGUCGAGCUGGGAGGGCGCAGAGACACGACCGUGCAGGUAGCUAGGAGCUCUGCCAGCUUUGGUGACCUUGGGUGCCUGCCUCGUGCCCCUUGGUGCCUGCCUGCUGAUGUGCCUCGCCUGUGCCUGUCAUGCCGCCCUCCAUCUCGGCCUUCCAGGCCGCCUACAUUGGCAUCGAGGUGCUCAUCGCCCUGGUCUCUGUGCCCGGGAACGUGCUGGUGAUCUGGGCAGUGAAGGUGAACCAGGCGCUGCGGGAUGCCACCUUCUGCUUCAUCGUAUCGCUGGCGGUGGCUGACGUGGCGGUGGGCGCUCUGGUCAUCCCACUAGCCAUCCUCAUCAACAUUGGGCCACGGACCUAUUUCCACACCUGCCUCAUGGUCGCCUGCCCUGUCCUCAUCCUCACCCAGAGCUCCAUCCUCGCCCUGCUGGCAAUUGCCGUGGACCGCUACCUCCGCGUCAAGAUCCCGCUCCGGUACAAGACGGUGGUGACUCCCCGGAGGGCGGCGGUGGCCAUCGCCGGCUGCUGGAUCCUCUCCUUCGUGGUGGGCCUGACACCCCUGUUCGGCUGGAACAAGCUGGGGGAGGUGGAGCGGGCCUGGGCGGCCAACGGCAGCGAGGGUGAGCCCGUGAUUGAGUGCGAGUUUGAGAAGGUCAUCAGCAUGGAGUACAUGGUCUACUUCAACUUCUUCGUCUGGGUGCUGCCCCCCCUGCUGCUCAUGGUCCUUAUCUACCUGGAGGUCUUCUACCUGAUCCGCAAACAGCUCAACAAGAAGGUGUCGGCCUCCUCUGGCGACCCACAGAAGUACUAUGGGAAGGAGCUGAAGAUCGCCAAGUCGCUGGCCCUCAUCCUCUUCCUCUUCGCCCUCAGCUGGCUGCCCCUGCACAUCCUUAACUGCAUCACCCUCUUCUGCCCUUCCUGCCGGAAGCCCAGCAUCCUCAUCUACGUCGCCAUCUUCCUCACGCAUGGCAACUCAGCCAUGAACCCCAUCGUCUACGCCUUCCGCAUCCAGAAGUUCCGGGUCACCUUCCUUAAGAUUUGGAAUGACCAUUUCCGCUGUCGGCCCGCACCCCCUGUUGAUGAGGACCCCCCGGAAGAGGGGCCCCAUGACUAGACUCCACCUACUGCGUCUGCCUGCCCCCAUCAGGGGCAUCUCAGCCCAGUCCCACCUCCCCACCGGUCCCACUCCCUGAGCCUUUCUGGCGGGGCUGUGGGGUGUGGGUGCCCUGCACCUUGGGUUCUGGAGGAGGUUUGGCGGGGGGGCCGUCCAUGGAUGGGGAAGGAGCCAGGUAACCUGAGGGGAGGAGGAAAGUGGCUUGAAACUCCCCACCUGUGUGACCAUCCCACAGGCAGCCCGGUGCUUCAGGCUGGACUGACCUGGGGAGACUGAGGCUGCAAAGGGGCCACGUGGGCUGGAGGGCAAGCUUGGGCUCCCAUGGCAGGUAGGGGAGCCUGCUUAUCUCUGGUGGUGGUCAUGCAACCCUGGGACCAAGCCUAAGGAAAGGAGAGGAUCCCUUCCAACGUGCAUGGAGAGAAAGAAACUGGGCUUCAUGGCCCUGCUUUCUCUCCUGUUCUGUAGGAGAAGGUGGCAGAGCCAUGGAGGGGCGGGAAUCAAGGAGCCUCCGUCCCAGCCUCCCGGGACCCUGAGCUCCCAGCUUUGCUGGGCGUCAGGGUACCUGCCCUCCUUGCCCUGGGGAGCCCAGGUUUAUAUCUGGGAGAAGCAGAAACGGCGGAUCCAGAAAUCAUCCCCAACCUUUGUUUUAUUGUCCACCAACCCCCGGACCCUGGGUAGAGGCUCCAAGCCCCCUGGAGCUGGUGUAGAGUUGAUGUGCAGGCCUCAUGCAGCCACCAGGUGGCAGCACUGAGCCAUUGUUCUUGCCCUGAGUGUCCCAAGGUGGAGCCUCGAGGGUACCCGUCAUCCGGGCCAACCAGCUCCACUAGCCCCUGGUGAUGGCCUGGACUCCCCUAAGUGACAUCCAUCUCUGCUCUUUCUGGGCCAGAUGGAGAGGAGAGCCCCAGACGUGCCAACAUGAGGGCGCAUUCUGCCUGCCUGGGGAGGAAGGGACCAAGGGAAAGUGCUGAGGUUGGGCACUCCUGGGAUGCCAUGGACCAGGCUGGAACAGGCCGGGGGAGACCACAGUCCUGAGAGUAAGGGAGGGGAGGUCUUGCUGGCGCUUAGAUACCCUCAGUAUCCCUGGCAUCUAGCACAGUUUUCAGGGGCUUGGGGCUCUGUUGCACAGUCUAGGCUUUAGAGCAUCUGGGGAAGGGUCCACCCUCUGCCAAACUCGGGCACCCCGUGUGUGGAGGGAGGGGGGCAGGGUUCUGAGCGUGGACAGCAACUCCAGGCCUUGAGUCCAGGCCCUUCCCUUUCUCAGAGGUAGGAUGUUCCCUGGCUCCCAAGGAGGGCCACCUGACUAAUAAAAGACUGUGAACCUUGA